CCCUCCGCCAUUAAACCUCCAAAAAUAAAAAGAAAAGCAGCCGAAUUUAAUUGCAUCUCAAUUUUGAUCCCCAAAUCCCCCAAAAUAAAAGAGUUUCUUGCUUUCAUUCCGGGGGCGGAUUAGGGUUGUUGGAGAUGAGGGUGCACGACGAUGAGGCGGAGGCGGAGGCGCCGGACCUCAUGGCGCCGCCUCCGCCGCCCAGCCUGGUGGUGGGCUACGCUCUCACCAGCAAGAAGGUGAAGAGCUUCCUCCAGCCCAACCUGCUCGCGCUCGCCAGGAAGAAGAGCAUUAAUUUUGUAUCAAUUGAUGAGACUCGUCCUCUCUCUGAGCAAGGCCCGUUUGAUAUAAUUUUGCACAAGCUUACUAACAAGGAGUGGCAGCAAAUUCUGGAGGAUUAUCUGGAAGAACAUCCAGAAGUAACUGUCCUUGACCCACCAAAUGCUAUUCAGCAUCUGCACAAUCGCCAGUCAAUGCUUCAAGAAGUUGCUGAUUUGAACUUAUGCAAUGGCUAUGGUGAGGUUUGCACUCCACGACAGCUGGUCAUCAUGAAAGAUCCUUUGUCUAUCCCAUCUGCAGUUGCCAAGGCUGGGCUAACAUUGCCCUUGGUUGCCAAACCAUUGGUAGUUGAUGGAACAUCGAAAUCCCAUGAACUAUCUCUUGCCUAUGUGGAGACAUCCUUAUCAAUGCUUGACCCUCCUCUGGUUCUCCAGGAGUUUGUCAACCAUGGUGGGAUUUUAUUUAAGGUAUAUGUUGUUGGUGAAACAAUACGGGUUGUCCGCCGAUUUUCUCUUCCUGAUGUUAACAUCUAUGAUCUGGAGAACAAUGAUGGCAUCUUUCGUUUUCCAAGAGUUUCAUGUGCUACAAAUAAUGCAGAAGAUGCAGAAAUCGACCCUUGUAUUGCUGAACUUCCUCCAAGGCCACUUCUAGAGAAACUUGGCAGGGAGCUGCGGCGUCGACUGGGUCUUAGACUGUUUAACAUAGAUAUGAUUAGAGAGCAUGGAAGAAAGGAUCGAUACUAUGUCAUUGACAUCAACUAUUUUCCUGGAUAUGGUAAAAUGCCAGGUUAUGAGCAUAUAUUCACUGACUUCCUACUUAGCCUCGUGCCAAACAAGUACAAGAGGCGUUUAAGCGGGAACUGAAGUGUAGAGAGAAUCCUGCUGCAAAUGAUAACCUUGACAACAAAUGCCAUCAAUGUUAGCUGGCAACUUAGAUAGACUUUCCAGUUUGUACAGAUCAAGGGGAUGUUAGCUUUUGGAGGCAGAGGCCUGACGAGCAGUCCCCAAAAAAAAAAGGGCUGCUUGAUGCCAGGACGAUCGAUAUCAAGGGAAAAAAAGGAAAGAAAGAAAAGGUUCUGUGUCUCUCCAUGCCCAACCUGUGCAAAUCGUUCUCUGAGUGCCAACCUAAAGGCUUUUCAACAAAAUGAUGUAAUUGCCGAUUUGAAUGAGUUGUCCGUUCUGUUUUCAUUUUCACUGGAAAUGAAGGCUGCAUUCCUGAUGGAAGCGUCCAUCCUGAGAAUGUUUCUGUA